AUGCGAGAAGACUUCAUAUUGACGAUAGUGCUAAUCGCGUUUGCGAUGCUCGCGAUUGAUGCACUGCCGCAAGUUACAUUCGGGUCCGGAACGAAAAUUGCACGGGUGUCUAGGUUGCGCGCCCACGGGGUUUUCGCUUCGCGUAGACGUAAAGGAGAACACGCCCAUUGUCGUCAUCUUUCGGAUCUUCGCUGUAGACAGCGACUUUACCUCUACUACUCUGACACGACUGAUACGCCGACACGCGAAACGACGACGACGACAGAGGUUGAGAUGGACUCGACAGAUGCGACGACGUCGACGGCCGACGUCGAAAGCAGUGCGAGAAAUGAUGUUCACGUCGACGCCAAGGAUUCAGUGGUUAUUCUGAUUUCGAAAACGACGGAGAAGCCGGAACAAUCAUCUGGGGAACAAUUGGCAGAGAAUGAAACCAAGCAGUCCUCUAAAAGUACUAGGCCCACGGUACUUUAUUUGAAGACUCGCAGCUCCAUCAAAUAUCGCUACGCCGUGACGGAAACAGUGUCGAAAGUACUGAAUCCCGACAGCAAAUCCAAUGAGAUCGUCUUCUCGUUGACGUUGCCGGAAUCCGCCUUCAUCUCCAAGUUUUCCAUAUCCAACGCGCGGGUGCCCCAAAAGCGAAGCGCAUCUGCAUUUCCUCUUGUGCGGGUAACAGCAGUAGAAAGCCUAGAAGCGACAUCUGUCGCUGAAAUGGAGAGCUACUCUGACACGACUGAUACGCCGACGAGGACAGAGGUUGAGAUGGACUCGACAGAUGCGACGACGUCGACGGCCGACGCCGAAAGCAGUGCGAGAAAUGAUGUCCACGUCGACGCCAAGGAUUCAGUGGUUAUUCUGAUUUCGAAAACGACGGAGAAGCCGGAACAAUCAUCUGGGGAACAAUUGGCAGAGAAUGAAACCAAGCAGUCCUCUAAAAGUACUAGGCCCACGGUACUUUAUUUGAAGACUCGCAGCUCCAUCAAAUAUCGCUACGCCGUGACGGAAACAGUGUCGAAAGUACUGAAUCCCCUGUCGUUUAGGGAAAUCGACCACGUUGUUUACGAAGCAAGCGUGGAAAAGAAGGAGAAAGCGAAAGAAGUGUAUGACGCUGCAGUUCAGGCGGGACAAAGCGCAGCUUUAGUUGCCGUCAACCCAAGAGAUUCGACACGUUUCAGCGUCUCGGUCAACGUCGGCGCAAAAGAAAAGGUCACGUUCACACUGAUUUACGAAGAGCUUCUUCUGCGGCGAAACGGUUUCUACGAGCAGCGAAUCAAUUUAAAUCCAGGCCAGACGGAGAAGCCGGAACAAUCAUCUGGGGAACAAUUGGCAGAGAAUGAAACCAAGCAGUCCUCUAAAAGUACUAGGCCCACGGUACUUUAUUUGAAGACUCGCAGCUCCAUCAAAUAUCGCUACGCCGUGACGGAAACAGUGUCGAAAGUACUGAAUCCCGACAGCAAAUCCAAUGAGAUCGUCUUCUCGUUGACGUUGCCGGAAUCCGCCUUCAUCUCCAAGUUUUCCAUGGAAAUCGACCACGUUGUUUACGAAGCAAGCGUGGAAAAGAAGGAGAAAGCGAAAGAAGUGUAUGACGCUGCAGUUCAGGCGGGACAAAGCGCAGCUUUAGUUGCCGUCAACCCAAGAGAUUCGACACGUUUCAGCGUCUCGGUCAACGUCGGCGCAAAAGAAAAGGUCACGUUCACACUGAUUUACGAAGAGCUUCUUCUGCGGCGAAACGGUUUCUACGAGCAGCGAAUCAAUUUAAAUCCAGGCCAGCUCGUCCCCACCCUCGAAGUACACGUGGACAUCCAAGAAGCCAAGAAUUUCACGAAAUUAAUCGUUCCUGAACUGAGGAAAGAAUUGCUGGUGGAAAACGAGAAAGUUAGCAGUGAAAGUCGAGACCACGCUCCCAUAGUGUGGGAACCGGAAAUUCAGGAGAAAAACAUUACUGCAGACACGGACCCUUUGGCACCCCGGAAGGUGACCCCUGACCUAAUCAAACGAGCCAAUGCCCACAUCGACAGCUGGACUGCCGACGGCCAGACCGACAUCGAUUCCGCACUCAAACUGGCCUUCAAACAGGCCCAGAAGUCCGUCAAGGGCCAGGAAAACGAAGUGGCCCCGGAAUCCUUGGCCCAAAUGAUAAUUUUGGAGAGACCAAGUGUCACGGAUACUCGAUUUAUUGUUUCAUCAGGUGAAACUGACACCGAGAGAAUCGUGAAGAACAUGCUGAAGCGCAAUGAAGAAGCCAGCAACAAGGUCCUGCUCUUCACAAUAGCCUUCGGAGACGACACGAACUUCAAAUUCCUCAAGAAAUUAGGGCUCCGAAAUAAUGGUUUCGCGAGAAAAAUCUACGCCGAUUCGGAUUCCUCGCUUCAACUCACUGGAUUUUUCGAGGAAAUUUCCAGCCCGAUUCUCACCAACGUCAACAUCACUUACCUGGGUGGAAAAGUCGACGAGGACUCGACGCCGACAGCACAACCCAGCCAAAACGUGACAGCGUUCAGAGGAACCGAGAUCGUCAUGACGGGGAAAUUGGAAUCGGCGUCGGACCGCCUCACUGCUUACACGGUGUCGGCGCUCGCGCAGCAAGGGUCGGUCACUUUCAACGGAACGGCGUCCGACGUCGUCGAGAUGGAUUUAAACGACAAGUCUAGUUUCCGGCCUUAUUCGAACUUCCUGGAACGACUUUGGGCUUACCAGACCGUCAGGCUGACUCUGGAUCGUAUGGAAACCGUGGACGAGGAAGAAAAACUCUCAGCUUUGAAAGAGAAAGCCCUCAACAUUUCAUUGAAGGCAUGUGUAUUCGACAGCACACUGACCCCGCGGGAUCAAUUGAUAGAAGAUACGCCGGAACCUAAAAAAAAAUCGUCGCAUAGAAAAGUGUACCUGCGUUACAAAAUUUGCAAACCUGCUGCCAAAGAAGAAUCAAUUCAUCGGCUAAAUGAUAGAAACGCGUCGACCCCGUUGAUGGGCGAAAAUAUAAAAUUCAGCUUUGUGACACCUUUGACAUCCCUGGUCGUGAAUAAACCGGAUCAGAACGAAACCGGAUCUCAGGUUCAAGCCAAACUUUCAGCGGAGGAUUUGGAUGCCGACGCAGGAAAUCCGGCUUUCGCUGUGGCCAGCAACUACCAACAGCAGAGCGCCAGUGGGUAUUUCAAAAUCCCUCGACUUUCGUACCCAUGCGUGGCCAGGGGUUGCAUGAUGACGUUGGUCUGCGCCCUGGAUAAGAAGGUUAAGCAAUGCAAGUUCUUUGUUUAG